AUGUAUCGGAAGUUGUCUAAGUUAGAACACUCGGAAAUAAAACAACUUCUUACAGAAGCUAACAUAGAAGUAGCAAAGCAUUACGCAACAAACAAAAAGGCACUCGCUGACUUCAUUAAAGACUAUAAUGGUGCAAUAAGUUAUGAUAGAAUUCAUGAGUUCAUAAAGCCGCAACGCGGCGAGGACGAAGUCCAUGCAAGAGCAUUUCCUUUAAAUGACGUUGCUAUUGACUUAUAUCAUAGACGUUCAGUACCUCAUGAAGUAAGAAGAGAAAUGUUUGACAUAACAAAUGUAAACGUUGGUAA